AUGCUGUUCUUGAAGGGUGGCAUGGACAGCUUUCAGAUGCUGGUGCCCCUGAAUUGCCCCUUGUACGACGAGUACACCACUGUGCGGCGGAGCAUCAGCUUGUUGCCCGAAGAGGUCCACAAGAUCCAGGCGCAGAACCAGCCCUGCACUGACUUUGGAAUCCACCCACGGCUUCCCUUCAUCAAGGAGCUUUAUGACGAGCAGAAGGUGACCUUCGUGAAUGACGUGGGGUCCUUGGUCGAGCCGCUGACGCCGGACAUGAUCGGCACGGGUUUUCAUGCCACGGGAGGCACUGGGAAGCGCUGCCAGGGCCUCUUCAGCCAUGCUGAUCAGCAGCGUGCAGCAGAGACACUCACCUGUCAGUACUCUUCGGCUGAAUUUAAAGGCGCUGGCGGGCGCAUUGCUGAUGCGGUGGCCAAAGAUUACAACACGGCGUCCUUCUCCAUGCGGAACCAGGCGACUUGGCCACAAGGCUUUGAUAUCAGUGGAGAGGUCUUAGGCCAACAGAGCUCCGGCGAGUCAGCCUUUCCGGAAUAUGAGCGGCUGAAGGACAUCAUUGACAACAUCACCGGCACCCAGCAUGGAAACAUCUAUUGUGAGGAAUAUGCGAAGCGCUUUCAGCAGUCGAUCAGUUUCAACCUGGGCCUGGAGAAGCAGCUGGAGAAUGCCCAAUUGCAGACGGACUACGAGAUCAACGGGUACAAGCCGUUGCAGUCGCAGUUCAAGAAGGCGGCCACGCUGAUUGCCGCCCGCGCGGAGCGUCAGGCGGAGCGGGACUUCUUUUUUGUGGAGGAUGGCGGCUGGGAUGCGCACUCGGGUGUGGAAGAUUCGCUUUACAAGAAGUUCGGAGAAGUGAACGAGGCGGUGCAGCAGCUGGUUCAGGAGCUCGAGGCACAAAAUGUCUUCGACCGGGUGGUCAUCGUGACGCACUCGGACUUCGCUCGCACGCUGACGCCUAAUAGCAACGCGGGCACCGACCACGGCUGGUCGGGCAUUCAGAUGGUCCUGUCGGGAGCGAUUCAAGGCGGAAUGCUCAACGCCUACCCUCACCUGGCCGAAGACUCGGCCAUGGACGCCGGACGCGGACGUCUCAUUCCCAGGUACCCCCUUGAGGGGAUGAUGAUGCCAGUGGCCGAGUGGAUGGGUAUGGACGCCUCUCAAGCCAGCCAGGUCUUUCCCAACAUCGGGAACUUCAAUUCGUCACACUUGUUGACCAAGGAGAUGUUGUUCAAGUCCUAA